CGUUUUUAUACUACUAGCCCAACACACUUGGUAGCUGUUUUACCGAGCGAGCCUCGCUUUUCAUUUGGCAAAAGUGUGCCUACAUGGAUGUGGCAGCUACCACGUGAACGACAACGUGAAGUGAAAGAAAGUUGAAGACGAAUGGAAUCCAAGAUCUUUAUCUAAUAUUAUCCGAUCAUGAUCUACACCUGGUACCAUGCAUAUAGAGUCUGUCGAUGUACAUGGUAUUUCCAGGAGAUCCAGAGAUUGUAAAACUCUGAAGAUGACCAACACCCUGUCUCAAUGGUAAAUAUUUCCAUUGCACGGUAUGGACAGAAGUGUUACGUAUAUCCCAGUAGAACGUCAAUACGUGGUCAAGUCGCAGUAUACAGGGAAAUACCAAUGUUCCCAGGCAUCUGUCGCUAUCCUGAUACCCUACCCUGACACUUCGCUAGGAGUGGAAAGAAAACCGUUUCCAAACAAUGACGAUAAAAACGCGGUGUAAGAGUUGGGGUUCGUAUUUGGGUUCGAACGAAGGAUGCUCAAUAAUCGAUUUGAUCUUACAAUCCCUCCAAGGGUGGUGAUUGUCGAAGCGAAAGAAUAGAUUUCGGCGUGAAAGGACACUGCUAUUCAAAGCCUUCAAGGACUGAGCUAGGAAUUGAAUGGAUGGACCACCCGAUCAAUAUGGGGCGCGCGCGCGCUUUGAGCAGCCAUGUAUCUUUGUUGGUGGUUGGAGUGGUUCAACCGCUCGGUUAACCAUGGGAUAAUGAGAUAUACCUCUGCUAUGAUCUUGGUUUAGGCUUCUUAACAAACCUAAAUUGUUUGAGAAGAAAUUUGAAGGCCCUCAACUAGAACGUGAUAUGGUCC